AUGGCCGAUACAUCGGAAUAUCCACCUUCCCCGCCGAACACUCGGCUUCCGGGCCGUACCUCGGAUGUAUUAAGCGACGUCGUACUGUGGAGAAGAAAGCAGCUCAACUGCGCCGUCCUUUUAGCCGCGACGGCUCUGUGGACGGUUAUGGAUGUCUACCAAUACAGCCUCGUCACCGUCCUCUCGUGGCUGGCCAUGGCCGCCGCCGUCUCCCUCUUCUUCUGGGGCUCCAUCCACCGCCUCCUCAAGAAGGAGGCCCCUGACCUGUCGGAACUGGAGAUCGGCGAGGAGACUGCUCGGGAGCAGGCGGAGGCUUUCCGGCUGUGGGCCCAGGAAGUCGUCCGGCUGAUAUUACACGUCAGCACCGAGAGGGAGUGGUUCGUUUUUGCAGGCGUGGUGGCCUCUCUGUAUCUUGUCUCAUUAGUGGCCAGCCACUUUGAUUUUCUUACACUCCUUUACUUAGGAUUGAUUGGGGGAAUGACGGUGCCGGGGUUUUAUAUGAAGAAUGAAGGAAGGAUAGCGGAGUUUGGUGAUAAAGUGAAGACGAGAGCUCGAAAAGUAUACUCCAUUGUCGAGCAGAGAUUUCAAGAUUUGAAAAACAAGAUUGGGAGGGGACAGAAAGAGAUCAAAGAGAAGAAGAUGGAGUAG